UCUUCUUCUCUCUCUAUCUCGAUCGUUCGUAGCAGCAAGACCCAUCAACCACUCUCUCUCUCUCUCUCUCUCUCUCUCUUUUCUUGGCAAUUGGCUUCGUGUCUUGGGUGCGCAAUAGCAUUUGACCAGAACCCAAGAAGGAGGCGAAGACUUGGUGGGCAGAAAAAGGGAGCGAAUCAGUCCGCAAUGUGCUUGAUCCACGGAGAAGGAGAUGGAGAAGGAGAAGGAGAAGGAGAGGGGAUAACGGGGCUGAGCCUCAACCCGCCGACCAAUUUCGCAACGGUGGAGGAAGGCAUCUACCGAUCCGGCUUCCCUCGUCCUCCCAACCUCCCCUUCCUUCGAUCCCUCCAGCUUCGAUCCAUCGUAUACUUGUGCACCGAACCUUACCCAGAGGAAAAUCACAACUUCUUGCGCUCCCAAAACAUUCGUCUCUUCCAAUUCGGGAUCGAAGGCAAACGGGAGCCUUUUGUACCUAUUCCUCAGGAAACCGUCACGGAAGCUCUCAAAGUUUUGAUCGAUGUGAGGAAUCACCCAGUUUUGAUCCACUGCAAGCGUGGAAAGCAUCGGACAGGUUCUUUGGUGGGCUGCCUCAGGAAAUUGCAGGGUUGGUGUUUGUCCUCUGUGUUCGAGGAGUACCAGCGCUUCGCCGGCGCGAAAUCCAGGAUCACGGACAUGAGGUUCAUCGAGACAUUCGACGUGACUUGGCUGAGGCAGUGCCUAUACAGCAUAAUCUACCGAUACCAAGGUUAUAGUUCCAACAAGAGGCGGCUGAUGUACAGAGAAGAAAGCGUACAUAAGACUCGAAUAGCCUCGAGUUAGGAGGGUUUGUAUGCCUGGGCACGACGCCAAGGAAAGCGGAUACCUUUGUCUCUACGCAGGGCAAAAACCCUGCAAGGAGUUGUGAUUUGUUAUUCGAUUUCCUCCUUUGAAAAUACUUUAGCACAGGCGCCCUUGGAGAUUUUCUGUCUUGAGAA